AUGCGAUUGACACAUCCAGCCCCAUGGAGGGAGCGGACGCAACACGAAGGAGCUCCAGAAAGAUCUUGUCCAACUGAAGGAGCUUAUUAUUGGCACAAAUUUGACCUCGAAUAUCAUUGGGCAAUAGACGAACGAGACUUCGAAAGUGCCGAAGGUUGGAGUACGCGAAACGAUUUGGGAUUCGACGCGGUCCGAAUGCUGUUUACAUCCUAUUUAUCCCGAAGCAACAGCCGUGCGACAGAGAACAACAUCAUAUUCUGCAGAGGCAUGGCUGAAGCUUGGAGAGCGGUGCGACUGUACAAGGUCAAGAACCAGGCAAUCAACUUCCAUCAAGCAUCUCAAAUACAAAGACCCCUUCCAGGAGGCAAGACUUCAAGACUUGAUCCAAAAAGAUCAAAUUUCGUGGUCAGGAUUGUGUGCUCAAAAGCGAACCUGAACUCCUCGGGGGGAACGGGGCCAGGAUUAGAACGAGCCUCAAUUGGUCUGGGUCUCAUGCUAAAAUUUGCGAAUGGAAUGGGGUUCCGUCCACAAGGGUAUGAUGGAGACCGUGAAUAUGUUGAAGAAAAGAAAAACACAUUUGCGUUUUCGCGGGAAGAAAAACCAGCGGGACGCUAG